AUGUCACAGUCUCUCGCCUCGGUUGAUUCCGAAGCGUCAUGGCUGUCUGGCAAGCCACCAAAACGAGCUUCAACCCAAUCACAGCUACGGUCUGGCAUAGUGUCCCCGCCUGUGCAAACCAACGAAGCUUUCAACGCAUCAUACGAAGAAUUGGGCAUGGCAGAUGAUGAGUACUUCCGCAGACUCAGUCCUCAGCCAGAUGAGCGCCGCAACGACACUCUUGGCAGGAAGCCAAGCAGUGCAUUAAUGGCCCUUGAUGCUGCUCUUGACGUCGAGGAGGAGCAAGAUCCUUUUGUCGAUCCAAAAGAGUUGGCAUCCGAGGACGAAGAGCAUGUCAGAACAGUGCCAGGUCGCCAGCCUACAAUCAUCCACCGCCAACCACGAGUCAAAUCGACAGAAGGCCUUUUAAGUUUCUAUACGAAUGACAAGUCCGCAGCCGAGGAAUCGGCAAAGGAACAGUUUGCGGAACCACUUACUCCAGAUUCUCCGGACUCUCCGUCCUUCGAGACCGAACCGAUGAUGGUGCAACGCGCGAGGAGUGUCGAUCUUGGAAAGCACCAUGUCAGACAUCUCAGCGCGGGAUCCGCUAGGCUCUUGGACAUUUCCAAGCAAAAGCGGUCGAGCAUAAACUCCUACACCAAGAAGUCGGAGCAGGAUUAGUAUGCUCUCUGCGCACGCCGUUUGUGCUUCAGUAUUUUUCACUUUGCCACAUCACGCCACUCAUUAUGCCAUUUCCUUUGUCAUUGUCAGUCCUUACAGAACCCUUCCCUUUGUCAGUGUCAAUCCCUACAGAACCCUCUCCUAACUUUGUCACCCUCGGUACUUUUCCAUAUGUUUCUUAGUUAGUUGUUUUUGGUUGGCAAAGUGGCAAAUACUGAAGUACUGCUUCGUCGCGAGAGUGGGCGUUGUCUUAUGAGUUUAGGAGCAAGACUAGUUGUGGUUAUAGCAUGGCGUUGCGAUUGUGAACUUGGAUGUUUGGGACAUGAUACCAUUUUGUACUAUUGCAGGUCGCUAGAGGCGGCCAUUUUAUAUCAAUACCCUCAUUUCUUAUUGUUGGGAUCCGACUGGACUCCUGUGGGCAUAUUAUGGGUAUAGAUGGCACACGGCGCUUGUCCUCCAGGCACUACAGCCUACCUCUGGGAUCUCGAGUGGUUCAAGAAAUAGUAGAAGUAGCCACCUUUUUGUAA